AUGAGGCUGCGGGGAUGCGGUCCCCGGGCCGCCCCCGCCUCCGGCGUAGGGGCCGGCGACGCUCGGCGGCUGGCGCCCCCGGGCCGGAACCCCUUCGUGCACGAGCUGCGCCUCAGCGCCCUGCAGAAGGCCCAGGUGGCUGUCAUGAUGCUAACGCUCUUCCCUGUCCGGCUGCUCUUGGCGGCCUUCAUGAUGCUGCUUGCCUGGCCCUUCGCGCUUGUCGCGUCUCUGGGAUGUGCUGAAAAGGAGCCUGAACAGCCCCUGGCUUUGUGGCGGAGGGCUGUGGACAUUCUGCUCAAGAUCAUCAUGCGUACCAUGUGGUUCGCCGGCGGCUUCCACCGCGUGGUCGUGAAGGGACGGCAGGCGCUGCCCACAGAAGCGGCCAUCCUCACACUAGCACCACACUCCUCCUACUUUGAUGCCAUCCCCGUCACCAUGACCAUGUCCUCCAUCGUGAUGAAGGCGGAGAGCAGAGACAUCCCGAUUUGGGGAACUCUAAUAAAGUACAUUCGCCCAGUGUUCGUGUCCCGGUCAGACCAGGACUCUCGAAGGAAGACGGUAGAAGAAAUAAAGAGGCGGGCGCAGUCCAGCGGAAAGUGGCCACAGAUAAUGAUUUUUCCAGAAGGAACGUGUACAAAUAGGACCUGCCUAAUCACCUUCAAACCUGGUGCGUUCAUCCCCGGUGUCCCCGUACAGCCUGUGGUUCUACGAUACCCUAAUAAACUGGACACCAUCACGUGGACGUGGCAAGGUCCUGGAGCGUUAAAAAUCCUGUGGCUUACCCUGUGUCAGUUUCACAAUCAAGUGGAAAUUGAGUUCCUUCCUGUCUACACACCCUCGGAGGAGGAGAAGAGGAGCCCCGCACUGUAUGCCAGCAACGUGCGGCGCGUGAUGGCCGAGGCCCUGGGCAUCUCCGUGACCGACUAUACAUUUGAGGACUGCCAGCUGGCCCUGGCAGAAGGACAGCUUCGCCUCCCUGCUGACACCUGCCUCUUAGAAUUUGCCAGGCUCGUGCGUGGCCUCGGGCUAAAACCAGAAAAACUUGAAAAAGAUCUGGACAAAUAUUCAGAAAGUGCGAAGGUGAAGAAAGAAGAGAAGAUUGGGGUUUCAGAGUUGGCGGCCUACCUAGAAGUCCCGGUAUCGGACGUGCUGGAAGACAUGUUCUCACUGUUUGAUGAGAGUGGCAGCGGCAGGAUGGACCUGCGGGAGUACGUGGUCGCCCUGUCUGUGGUCUGCCGGCCAGCCAAGACGCUGGACACCAUCCAGCUGGCAUUUAAGAUGUAUGGGUCCCAGGAGGAUGGCAGCAUAGGCGAGGGCGACUUGUCCAGCAUCCUCAAGACCGCCUUAGGGGUGGCAGAACUUCCUGUGACAGACCUUUUUCAAGCUAUCGAUGAGGAAGAGAAGGGGAAGAUCACAUUUGCUGACUUCAGCAGGUUUGCAGAAACAUACCCCAACUUUGCAGAAGAGUAUUUGUAUCCGGAUCAGACACAUUUUGAAAGCAGUGCCCAGACCCCACCUGCAGCAGCCCCGAAUGGCUUCUGUACUGACUUCAGCCCUGACAGCGUGGACAUUGGCAGGAGGCCAUCCCAUAAGAAACUAGAGUAGGAAGAGGGUGCAGAGGGACACAACCUCUCCCACCAUGACUGCCUGCGUCCAGGCAGCUACUGGCCCCCCUGCGAGUGGCAACUGGGUCUC